UUUUUAAAACGUUUCAGUGAGUUUAUAAAACGGAUAUAUAUAUAUAUGAAUGGAAUAACGGCGUGAAGGCUUGCUUUCUUUUCGUGAAAUAAUAAUAAUAUUCUGAUUUUUUUUAACGCGCUUCUUAUGCGCGCGCUGCUCAGCUGUCUAAAAUUCCGUCUCCAUGGAGAAAUCCACGAACUUCCGCAUCGAGGCUCUGCUUGCAGAGCGCGUGCCGUGUGAAGCUCCGCCCCCAAGUGCUGUCCCGGUUCUGGGGGCUCGAGCAGGUCCGCUCCCGGUGCAGUCCCCCGGUGUGUACACGAGCGCGCCGCUGUUCUCCGCACUGCCCGCGCUUCACUACACCGGAAUCCCGCACAUCAGCCCCGCGUACGAGCAGUGGAUCCGCGCGAGCCUGCUACUUCCACGACUCCACCCAUACACCGCGUCUCCUCAGUCGGUGUUGAUGGGAAAAUGUCGCAGGCCGCGCACAGCAUUCACCAGCCAGCAGCUCCUCGAGCUGGAGAAACAGUUUAAACUCAACAAAUAUCUCUCACGGCCCAAACGCUUCGAAGUCGCCACGUCGCUAAUGCUAACAGAGACGCAGGUGAAGAUCUGGUUCCAAAACCGCAGGAUGAAGUGGAAACGAAGUCGUAAAGCCAAGGAACAAGUGGACACAGCCCGAGAGCACAAAAUAACCAAUGAGAAUCCAGCGUCGGAGCCUGACGGGGCGGGGCUUGGGAAGCAGGACGUGGAGGAGGAAGAAGAUGUGGACGACGAAUACGGCUUCAACACAGACACGCAUCAUUCGGACUUUUUGCAGAAAGACGUCAAUGUACGAUACGCUUCCGAAGACGAGGUGGAUGGAACGAAAGGCGGGGACAGAAAGAUGGGGGCGGGGUUAUAAGGAACCAGUCACAGACAAGGUUGAGCCUCGGAAACGUGGAGGUGACUUGACGAGAGGUGCAUUUUAAGCAUCCUGGCUAAAGAUACUGUGAAAUACUGAACGCUUCAUGAACUGAUUUUAAUGUUACACCGGAGUACCCGAACACUCGCUAAACACUGAGCGCAGCCUUUAGAUUUCCCAGUUCUUAUACAGGCUUCACACUAAACAACACCAAACAACAACAACACCACCACUGAGGCCAGUUAGUGUAGCUUUAAGCCCGUGUAUGGUGUACAGUGGCCGGUAAAUGCACAACACAUUAACGAUGCAAAAAAUUGCAACAGCGAAACCAAAAAAACACAAAAUAUCGCAUUCUGAAAGACGGAAACAAAACCACAAAUACAACACAAUAACAAAACAAAAACAGAAAAGCAAACAAAACCAGUGACACAACAGGGAAUUUGGAGACAGCAACAACAGAAACACAAAAACAAAGAAGAAAACAACAACAAAACCAUCCAUCCAUCCAUUUUCUAUCAUGCUUAUCCUACCAGGUCACAGGGAACCUGGAGCCUAUCCCAGGGAGCAUCAGGCACAAGGCGGGGUACACCCUGGACGGGGUGCCAAUCCAUUGCAUGGCACAAUCACAUACACUCUCAUACACUACGGACACCUACCAUGCAUGUCUUUAGACUGGGGAGGAAACCGGAGUGCCCAGAGGAAACCCCUGCAGCACGGGGAGAACACACAACCCUGGACGUGUGAGACGAACGUGCUUACCACUAAGGCCUUGUUUACACUAGUUUUCGUUUUAAAACUCAUAACUGUUGCUACGAUUACGCCUGUCAUCUACACUACUCCGGCAUUGUCAACCCUCGAUAGUGGAGACUUUCGGAAACGCCGAAGACCCUGUUUUGGUUUGGCGUGGCUUCGCCCACAUUCGCUUCCUGAUUGAGUCUUCUGGAUUAUCGCGUAUCUUUCCCUGAUUCGUCAAGCCCCUACUGUAUGACCGUUACGCUACCUCGAUCGUAUACACAACAACACGUAGACUGAACUGCUGGCUUUGUCGUCAUUCUCAGCAGCCGUUGUGCAGUUAAAAUCUGUAUUUUAUAAUACUGCAGCUGCCUACACGUGCAAGAGGCCAGCUAUGAUUAGAGCAAUCGGCAACAAAUCUCAUUUCAAGUGGCGUAAGCCCUACACGGAACGCCAACUUCUUGCUUACAAUUGUAUGUGCAAUGCCCAGUGUGUGCGAAUGGUCACGUGACACACGUAUUCAGUCGUGUAGUGUGGACGGAGCCCAACAGCAAAACCACAACAACAAUACCAAAAACACACAGCAGUGAAUUUGAAAACACAACUAUAAACAGCAAACCCUGCAAUGGAUUGGAACCCCAUCCAGGGUGUACCCCGCCUUGUACCCCAUGCUCCCUGUGGAAAGCUCCAGAUUCCCCAUGACCCAGUAGGCUAAACGGUAUAGAAGAUGGAUGGAUGGAAUAAUAAACAGCAAAUUAAAAAAAAACACACACACACAACACCAAAGCUAAAAACACAAAAAGACACUUUGAAAGCAAAACCAAAAAUCUAACAGUGAGUUUAGGAAUAAACUAAUAAAUAACAACAAAAAAAAGAACCGCAGCACUGAAAUCCAGAAACACAGCAGCAUUUUCAGAAACUGCUAAAGUCGCUAGGCUAAAACUAGAUAACAGACUGAACUGUGUUUUGCAUUUACGGGCCAUCGGUCCUAUAAGGUUCUGUUACAGGCCCACUUGUUCUCCCUAAACAUAAUGUAGGCUUUUACUUCUAACAUUAAUUUAUAAAAAAAAAAAAAAAAAAAAACUUAUGUAGUGCGGUGGGAUUGAGCAGCACAGAUAUGGAAACAAAAUCUUGACACAACAGAAAUUUCCUUCUCGGAAAUUCAGAUCAAUUUAAAAUACCAAUGUUGGGUGCUAACCUGUGAAACUAAAAGCUGCAGCUAAGAACCAGAUGUUCUAUCAUUCCAGAUUUUGUUAACCAGCUAGCUAGCUAUAAAUACGAUGUAAAAAAAAAUAAAAAAAAUAAAAUCCUGUCAGGCUAUGUGAUGUUAGCUAGCUGGCAAUUUUUUUUGUUGAAUUCUCAAACAGAUGUAGUACAACACGUAGUAUUAUAUUUGGAAGUAGCAUCAUUUAUUUGUAAAGAUUCCGAUUUUUUUGCUUGUUAAUUUACAAAAGCAGAGCUUUAUAAAUGCUACAUAAUAUGUGCUAAUGCUACAGUUUAUACAAUUAGCAGCAGGUCUAUGAAAACAUUUCAAAUUCUGAAGCGAAUUACGGAACAUUUGAAAUCGGGACAAAGAAGUGCAGUACACUCGCAAAGUUCAUCAUAUUUCAUCGUUUCUUCAGCUCGAUGUAGCACUUAGCAUAAAAUUACACAAUAUAAUAAUUUAGCGACAUUUGCUAAGCUAUGUUUAUUCCAAACUCAUAAUCAACAGAAGAUCCACAGCAACACGCAGCAUGGUGCGCUAAAACGCCAGAUAACACUGACCCUCUGUUUGGGUUUUUUAAAUCAAAUCUUUUUCGACCUGGAUGUUAUUUAAACAUGUUAAGGUCUAAUUUAUUGAACUAGAGGCCAAAAGAAACAAAAGUUGUAAACAACAUAAAA